AUGCCCCGGUCGCUGGGUGAAGUGCACCAAGUGCCUCUUACGCUUAUAAACGCUGGAGAAGGCCGUGUGCACCCUGUUUAUGUAGAUAAGGAGCCAAGGAGCACGCCUUUCGAAGCGCGAAGCCAGCGCGCGAAGCGCACCCCAAGAUCGCAUGAUAUUUAUGCGAAUGCCACUUUGUUACAUGAUGCUUUAGCGCACUUGCAUACCUAUGCGCUGUCAAGGCAUGACUACCUUGCAUCUAUCCAGAUUAUGGUGGAUCCGCUCACAAGUGGACAGGCGCUGCAAGAGUGCGUAUCUAGCGGCACGAGCCUGGCCCACAAAUUCAUCAUGAAUGCGCAUGACAAAGAGUGCAUAGUGCGGUGGGAAUGGCGGAAGCGAAUAUGGUUGUUUGCACUUCCUCCUUGCAGCGGCUUUAUCUUGACCAAUCUGCUAUCUGAGCCGCCGCCUCCUCGACUCUUGAGGUUCGCCCAAACGAAUGGUGGUGUGGAUUUGAUCCUCCUCGACCCACCGUGGCCCAAUCGAAGUGCUCAACGUGCAUGGCAGGGACGUCAGAGCGUGCGUCGUUACCGCACGAUGGAUGACAUAUACGAUUUGUGGCUUUUGAGACCGUGGAUGGAAGCUCUGCUGCAACAGCAUACGCUAGUAGCUGUAUGGGUGACGAAUCAUCCCAAAGUUCAAGAUUUUGUUCGCUCCAAGUGGUUUCCAGGUCUCGGACUGCGCCACCAUGCGACAUGGGCAUGGCUCAAAUUGACGGCGCCCAACGGCCAAGCGCCUCAGCUGCUGAUUCCAGUGGGGGACUGGUCGUUCCGGCGUCCCUAUGAGGUCUUGCUGAUUGGAUCUCGGCAGGACGAAGCGCCCGUGUCGCGGCACCACCUGCUAUUGAGUGUGCCACUGGGUCACAGCUGCAAGCCAAACGUAUGCAGUGUGCUACGGCCGCAAGGUGGGCGCGUGGUGGAACUAUUUGCGCGCCAUGUCUCGCGAGGUGCGCCGUGGCAUGUGAGUGUGGGUGACGAGGCCAUUUGUGGCAACGCCCAAGGGUAUGAUGACACUACGACCGCGAUGGGAUCACAAUCUCGCGCACAAAAUAGCUAUGCAGACGUGUGUCUGUCGUGA